CCCCUCGUUCGCCCGCCGCCCGCCCGCGGGAAGCGGCUGCCCCGGCCCUCCGUCCCGCCCGCCGCCCGCCCCCGCCGCAGACACGGGACCAGCUUCGGGGUCAGAUUCGAAGCCGCUUUGGCGCCAAAUCCUGAGGUUCUCUAAUGAUCUUGCUUCACCAUGGCAACAAAUAUGGAGGUGCUGGCUCAGCAGAUAGUGGAGACACAGCAGGUGGCUGAGGUACAGACUGUGCAGACAUCACUUUCUGAAUCUCCAGUAAUGACCAGCCCCUCACAGCGCAUCCAGAUAAUCUCUACAGAUUCUUCAGUUGCUUCACCACAACGAAUUCAGAUUGUGACAGAUCAGCAAACAGGACAGAAAAUCCAGAUAGUGACUGCAGUGGACUCCUCCGUAUCCCCGAAACAGCAAUUUAUCUUGACCAGUCCAGAUGGAACUGGAACAGGAAAGGUGAUAUUGGCAUCACCUGAGACAUCCAGUGCCAAGCAGCUUAUUUUCACCACCACGGACAACCUGGUUCCUGGCAGAAUCCAAAUUGUGACUGAUUCUGCUUCUGUUGAGCGCUUACUGGGAAAAGCAGAUGUCCAGCGGCCCCAAGUGGUAGAAUAUUGUGUGGUGUGCGGAGACAAAGCAUCAGGUCGUCACUAUGGGGCUGUCAGUUGUGAAGGCUGCAAAGGUUUCUUUAAAAGAAGUGUAAGGAAGAAUUUGACCUACAGUUGCCGAAGCAACCAGGACUGUAUCAUCAAUAAACAUCAUCGGAACCGCUGCCAAUUUUGUAGACUUAAAAAGUGCUUAGAAAUGGGAAUGAAAAUGGAAUCUGUUCAGAGUGAAAGGAAGCCUUUUGAUGUGCAACGGGAAAAACCAACCAAUUGUGCAGCUUCAACAGAAAAAAUAUACAUCAGGAAAGACUUAAGAAGUCCCUUGAUAGCCACACCAACUUUUGUAGCAGACAAAGAUGGAACAAGGCAGACAGGCCUUCUUGAUCCAGGAAUGCUUGUCAAUAUCCAACAGCCUUUGAUACGUGAUGAUGGCACAGUCCUCCUUGCUGCUGACUCCAAGGCUGAGACAAGCCAGGGUGCUCUAGGCACAUUGGCAAAUGUAGUGACAUCCCUUGCCAACCUCAAUGAAACUCUGAAUAACGGUGACCCUUCAGAAAUCCAACAAGAGGACCAAUCAGCAAGUGAGAUCACUCGGGCAUUUGAUACUUUGGCAAAAGCUCUUAACACCACAGAUGGCUCUUCAACACCAAACUUAGCAGAUGGGAUGGAUCCUACAGGAGGAGGGAACAUUCAUGUCAUCAGUAGAGAUCAGUCAACACCCAUCAUCGAAGUAGAAGGACCGCUACUUACCGAUACACAUGUCACAUUUAAACUUACAAUGCCUAGCCCAAUGCCAGAGUACCUCAAUGUACAUUACAUCUGUGAGUCAGCAUCAAGGUUGCUGUUCCUCUCAAUGCACUGGGCCAGAUCCAUUCCUGCCUUUCAGGCCCUUGGUCAAGACUGUAAUACAAGCCUGGUCCGUGCAUGCUGGAAUGAGCUCUUCACCUUGGGGCUGGCCCAGUGUUCCCAAGUGAUGAGCCUCUCCACUAUUCUGGCAGCUAUCGUGAACCACUUACAGAAUAGCAUACAGGAAGAUAAACUUUCUGGUGACAGAAUAAAGCAAGUCAUGGAACACAUCUGGAAACUUCAGGAGUUUUGUAACAGUAUGGCUAAACUUGACAUUGAUGGGUAUGAAUAUGCAUACCUUAAGGCUAUUGUCCUUUUUAGCCCUGAUCAUCCUGGUUUGACCAGUACAAGCCAAAUAGAAAAAUUCCAAGAGAAGGCACAGAUGGAGUUACAGGACUAUGUGCAGAAAACCUAUUCAGAAGACACAUACAGGCUGGCUCGGAUUCUUGUUCGUCUCCCAGCACUUAGGCUGAUGAGCUCCAGUAUUACCGAAGAACUAUUUUUUACUGGUCUCAUCGGCAAUGUUUCAAUAGACAGCAUAAUCCCCUACAUUCUGAAAAUGGAAACCGCAGAGUACAAUGGCCAGAUAACAGGAACGAACUUAUAGUGGGAACAACACAUCUUCAUGGAUCAAAAUAAUUUUCAUAGAACCAGUAACCACACCAUUAAGAUAUAAAGAAAAUAAAAAUAGUGAUAUUUUGGUAUGUACAGAUAUUUCCCGUAUGUUAACCAUUUCCUACCUGAUUUCUUCUUGUCUAGGAGACCCCAAUAGUAGCUAUUGAAAGCCUAGGCUCCUUUUCUGCCACAAGGAAUAUUUUAAUGACUUUUGAUUUCAAAAAAACAAAUAAGGUGUCAGAUUUCUGAGUGACCUUUUAACUCACUUUGUAUUUAGAAGUUGACAAAGGGCAAAAAAAAAAGUUUUAUAAUGUCAGAGACUAGUAUUAAAGAAUACUGAAAACAGUAUCUGUAUAUACAUAUAUAACAGUGUCCUUGGGAAAAUUUAGCAGUUAAUUACCAGGGUAAUGACAUAAGCACUUUCUAAGAACUUCUUGUCCACUUGAUAAUGUUAUCAGUAUCCUGCCUAUGAAUAGGCAAGGAGGAAAUGAUAGAUGUCCUUGGCCAAAAUGCUAAUGAUUUCUGUGAAAACUUAGAGGGGGACAGAAAAAGAGACAAUCACUUCUACUUCGGGCAAAAAGGCAUUGUGAGUUUGUAUGCACAUGUAGUGUGCAUCUUUGCAGUCCUCCAAACUACUGAGAAUGUGAUUUAUUUACAGCAUGAAAUAAAGGAAAUGUCUAUAGCACAAUUAGCAGCCCAAUAACUGCCACAGCCAUGACGUGCACAGGGAGACCAAGAGAGCGACAGUCUGUAGACGUGGUGGGUGACCAGGAGCCCUCCGAUUCCUGAGGCGCUAUAGUCCAGCCUCCAGGAGAGGUUUGCACAGUCACUGAGAACCAGAACACUUGUUUGGAUAACUGGUUCUAGGAGUUGCAAUGCAAUUAGUCAGUGAUUAACUGCCAAGACUGACGUUCAGGUUAUCCAAUAACUGAAUUCACCCCAAUUCCCUCCUGCCUCCUAUUAGCUCCACAGUGUGGUGAGCGUUUUAGGGGCCUCUGCAGGCCCAGCAGUCUGAGAACUUUGCAUCAGAAAAAUAGAAAGUUUUUCUCCCUCUGCCUCAGUUCCCUGAAUUCUCCCAUUUCACUUUACAUUGAUGUCCCAUUUGGGAUGGCAUCCAGAAUAUAUCCUAUAAAAAAUCAUGUACUCUUGCAGUUAAUGACUAAUCAUUUGUGUUAAGGUUACUAAUGAUUUUGGUUUUUGUAAUGGAGAAGUGACUCACAGUAUCAGGGUAUUAAUUUGAUAUUGAUAAGUUCCUGCUUAAAUUGAAUAGGACGUGUCAUGGGAUUGAUUCUCUCUGUUGUCAUUCAGACAGUAGUCCUAUUGCUUUUAUUAUGUCUUCAUCAAAUUGCAUUCAUAAAACUUAACCUUUCUGUACAGAAGGCAGCUGCUGAGAUGAUGAGGAUAGGCACCUGAUGUGUGCUUUACAUUUGAAAACAAUGGGCUUUGUGCAUCCACUUUUAUGAGGUCCUGUUUUGCCUGGCAUGUUUGACACCUUGGGCUCCCGGGUAUGAUUUUAGCAAAGAAUGUGUCCACUGUUGUUUUAAAAAAUUAACAGUCCUAAAUGAUAGUCCAGAUAGCACAUUUAAAUUAACUCAGAAAGUUGUAGAUAGGGGCAAAAUUUAUCCAGAAUCUAGAUUCACCUUUUUGUUCCCUAUUUAUGUUCAUGCUAAUUAAGAAAAUUCAUCUCAUAAUGUCAAGUUUCAGCAUUAUGUCCCUUGACAAAUGGGUGUUAGCAAUGGCAGGUGACAGUUUUGAGGUAAUAAAUAUUAUCUUUAAAUAGCUAAAUAAGUUCUACUGGCCGUAUCAUUACCCUUUACAGGAAAACUUUUCCCCUGGCCUUUGGCGCUUGCAGAUACAGCUUAUUCCUGAUUUUGAUCCAACACAUUCCAUAGCUUUCUUUUAAUAAUAAUUGGAAAUAUUAACUGCCCAGGAUUACAUACAAAGUUCAAGAGAAAAUUAAUCAUCCCUACCACUGCUCUUUUUGUUCCCUGUGCCACCUUGAUAAAUGAGCUAAAAGCUGCCAUAGCUUUCUGAAGUCUCUAUUCAGAAUCAAUCAAAAUUAAGUAUUAGCCAUUCUUUAUGACAGAGUCAUUGUUAGUAGGAAACUCGUUCACAUGAUAUUCAUAUCAGCCCCCACUUUUAAAUCUAAUUUUGGUGAGAUACAACGAUGUGAUCAUUUUUAAAUUAUGUAUAUGUAAGGGAAAAUAAUACAUUUUUUCCCAACAUUUUGGUAGGACUUUUUUGAGUUGUUUUUUUUUUUAUUGACUCCCAGAUGGUUUUAAUGACGAAGGAAAAAGAAAAUUGACCAAAAUAAUGAAGUUUAUCUGUCUAGGUCAGUACAGAGGAUAAUGGUAGACAACACUUAUGAACAGUAGGUAUCCCAUAAAAAUGAUACCCUUUUAAAAAAGCAAGCCCUAAUGAUCAUGUGGUGUUCUAGAACACACACAACCAUAAUGGCUCUGAGCUCCCCAUGGAGAGCAGCUUUGAUCAGGGAUAAGACAGCAAUUGUAUUGAUGCAUGCUAUUUCAUUUGGGGGGUUGGGGAGUGGGAAGCAUUUCCAUGUUCAUUAUGUUGUUUUGAUUUAAACUCUCGUUAUCAAAGUGGGAUAGACUCUCAUAAGACUUAGAAUAAUUCCAGUUAUGUUAAUAAGAUAGAUCAUCAUAAGCUUUAUGUUUCUCUUCUAUAAAUUACUCAAAUGUGCUUUGGCAAAGAACUUAUUUGUAAAUAAAGACUAUACAUAUAGGUCAUUGAGAGCAACCUUAAAAAAAAAUUAGGAUUUGUGCUACAGUGACUUCAUAGUGCCUGAAGAAAAAAUAAGUCAACUUUAGUUCUGUUUAUUUGUUUCCAUUAUUUUAAAAAUACCUUUGCCUAUCCCAACCAAGCUGCUUCUAAGUAAACAAAAAUAUUUUCAUUUUUGAAACACUCCCCUUAAUGCCUAAAUUCUUCUUGUUUCAAUCAUCAAAGAAUAAUUUUCCAUAAGAAUUAUUUCAAAUGAAUGAUAAAUUCUGUCCCAUGAGAAAUUGUCUAGAGCCUAGAUCUUUAUCAUCUUGUCUUUAUUUUCAGCAAUUGAGGGAAAAAAAACAUCUCUUGGGUCAUGACUUCUUUAAAGGAAUUCUUUUCAAAAGAUUGGACUCAAACUUUGAACCCAGCCUUGAUUAUUACCAUUCCUUGUUAUAAGAGUUUACAGAACACCAAGUUUAGCAAUGAGAGAGAUCAGGUUUCUCACUAUCAGCUAACUAAUCUGAAUGAUAGGAAUGACAGUUGUCACCAGACUCUAUGAAGUCUUUUUAGUAUACACUAAUAAAAAGAAUAUGCCUUCAGGCUGGAGAGUGCUCUUAACAAUGGCCAAAUACUUAGCAUUUGGCUAUCACCUGGUAUCCUGGAGUAGAGCCACAAACAAAUACUUUUUUUCUCUUUUACAAUUUAGGAGACAUUUUCCCAACUCCACAUAUAAACGCUGUGCUACAGCACAGUCAAAUACCCAGAAUGCAUGACAUUGAUAUCCUUGCUAAUAAUGGGGUAUGCCUGAGGUUAAAAAAUUAAUAAUGACUCAUUUCAGAAGUGCAAUAGCUCCAUCUGAAGAAGGAUCUGGCAUCUGGCCUAUAGAAGAAGUACUUAUAUCCUGAAAAACAGGCUAUAUAAAUUACCAGGAAGAAAUUUGGUUAAGGAGAAUGAAUGUAUCCAAGCAUUUUCUUAAAACCUGAAUGCAGGGAGGGCAACAGCCUAGUUCUGGUUCUCUGAUUAAAAAUUUUAAAAAUAUAAAAAACACUUGGGAGAGAAUCUCCUGAUUCUGAAAACUCUUAGAUUCAGCUCAAAGACAAAAAAAAAAGGUAUCUACACCCUGGCCCUUCCUGACUCAGUCUCCCACUCACUGCCCCCUGUUUUAGCAUUCCUCUCUUGUGUAACAGUCAGGAAAGGGACUUUCUCUGGAGUCAUAAGGUAGACAUGGUGUUCAGCUUCCUCGCAAACACAUACCCUUAAAUUCUUUUAUUAAAUAAAAUCUUGCCUGAAGACUUCUGUAGCACCUGUGAAUUUUAAAAGACAGUAAUACUGACCCUUGAAAGAACUUGGAAUGGUCUAAAUUGUAAAAGAAGAUAAUUAUCCUUUUCUAAUUUCUAUUAGGUUUUACACAGAUCAAAAUUUUAAACAAUACUAAAAACAUUUUUAGUAAGCCUAACAUAAUUUUUCUAGUUGUGAAAUUUAUAUUCUGAUGAUUUUUUAAAAAAAUAUUAUUUAUUGUCUAGUUCUUUUCCAAGAAUGUGAUGAGUCUGGGGGUUGUGUUUUUUUGCAGUUUAGUAUGUAUUUGUUGUGUGAGUUAGAUGUGUCCUAUAAUUCUCCAAGUCAAGGAUGAUUUUUUUUAGGUUCUGUCAGAGUCAGUAUUAAAUGUGAAUUGGGGUUCAUGAUGUUUAAGAUGUCAGGCCAAUGACAAUGUGGCUGCAUCUGUUCUUUUAUAGGCAUCUUUAUGUUUUAAACCCAUCAUAUAAUUUACUUGUGUCUACACUACAGACCUAGAUUUUGAUUUACUUAGAGGGUAGGUGCACAGAGCCAUAAAAGGUCGAUAAAUGUAGUACAUUCAAUCUGGAGAAAAAUAUCCUUAUCCUUUUUGUAAAUUUAUGUUGAGAUGCAUCUUCAGAUCUAUUAUUUGUUCCAUACCAGAUGUGUGUUUCGUAGGUGUCUUUUUUAAUCUAAGACAGCUCAAGUUUGGAAACAGUUCUUGGUAGACAGACCUCAUACGUGGAUUAAUUUGGGUGUGAAUCAUUCCUGUUUUCCAUUGUAGAUACAUCACAAUGAGACCCCAACCUUUCUUUGACUCACUAUCUCUUGAUGUAGCUUACUUGGAGCAGGUUCUCAGUUCAUUACAGUGACCGCCCUUUUAUCACAGCUGGCAGAGUAGAAUGCUUACUCUACUUGCUUCUUCUUGUCUCACUUUUUCAAACCCUUUGGAAUAUGGGAGAUUUAAUAAGAGAAUUCUUCACUCUGAUGUAAGGAUAAAGAGAAAGGGCCCUAAUAGACUUGGAGUUAUUUGAAGGGUGGGUUUUGUAUGCAGGUUUAUAAAUAUCUUCAUUGUGUGCCUCCCAAAAUUGUGCAUUUCUGCAUGUCCUGUACUAGAAAUCACUUCAGCAACUGAUGUAUGUGUACAGAUUUGUAUGUACGUGUGUAUGAAUGAAUGACUUUAUAAGUGUUUAUAUCUUAUAUAUAUAUAUGUACAGUGUAAAUAUGUGUGUACGUUUAUAUAUAUGUAUAUUAUGUAUACAGAUAUGUAGCCAUGUAUUCAAACAUUUUUAUGUUUAAAGAGAGUUUAUGAUUGAGUUGCUAAUGUGAGCUAAAUUGUCUUCAAUGUUUAUACAGUCCCUCAGCAUUGGAGGUUUUCCCAAACCUUUUUAUAUUUUUCUUAUUUGGGGAGCAAGACACCACCCAGGGAAAGAAAAGUUAGUUAAAGUCUAACUGUACAAGUAAAAAAAAGACAAAAGACAAAAUAAAAACAAUUCCAGAAGAAUGCACAUGUCCAUCUAUUCCCUAACUGUGUGAGAGAAGGAUGACGAGUUCAGGGGGCAAGGGGGCAAGGGGCACACUAGUUGACCAUGUCUCCAUUGUAGUCAUUCUUCUCCCUGUUUUCUUCAGUGCUAAGCUGGAAGAAGACGAAGUGAGGGUGGGAUGUGCACAACUAAAAUUACGUUGCACUUCUCAGUUUUCCAGAGUACCCUAUUCUGGCUGUAGUUGGCACAUGUGCAGGCAUUCUCUUAAAAGAGUACAUUGGAAAAUCCAGAGAUGAAGAAGAGGAGGUCAUUUCAGUGAUGUGGGAUCAGUUCUCACAUUCCUUGUGGCAUCAAGCAGAAAGAUCCUUUCAGACUAACUGCCAGGGGUUGUGUUUUCUAAUGUUCCUGGUGGGGAGGGAUUUGGGAGAGUCGAGAGAAGGGGAGCAAGUAAGGGAAAAAAAUGACCUAUUCACGGGCAACUAUGAAAGGCAAGAACUUUUUUUUCAAUCGUGUUCCAUUUUUAGAGGAAGGAAAAACAUUAAUAUUAAAUUACCACUGUUGACUUUUAUGUGGCACUCAUUUUAGCUACUAGACUGAAAUUAUGUGUAGUCACCUGAAAUCAGCUGGUUUGGGGGUUUUUUUCUGACCAUCAAUUAUAUUUAGUUUUAAAUUCAGGCUACAGAUGACUCUAAUACUACUUUGUGUGUGUACCCUCAAUGAUAAAUGUAGAACCCUUUCUGUCAAAUUUCAUACUGCUGCUUUUAAACAGAAGUUCCAUGUGGAUUAAAAAUGAGAAGUUCCACCUAAAGAGGAAACCAUUAUCCAUAUUAACCAUGGGGCAGUAAACAACAUUUUGACAGAAUUCUAUUGCAGGAAUCUGGUUUACAAAAAUAUUAUUAAAAAGGCAGCAUACUGAAACAAAUAUUUUAAUGACUUAAAAAAAAUAAGAGGUGUAGGUCACAUGGGAUUUUUUAAAACAAAACAAAUUACCACCGAGAUGAGUGAAUUGUUUAGACACUUUAUGGCUGUCCCUAGUCCAACAGGAAGCUGUGGGACUCUUAUUGAUUUCAAUAACAAUUAUCCCACUGACACUUGCUUUCUAAGGAAGAGUGAGGGGGAAACCUGGUGCAAAAAAAUUAAAUUUUGAUGACAAUGCAAUUAUUUUUAAAAAAUAAAUUUCUUUUAAAAGUAGAUUAAUCAAAUCGGCAGCUAUUUCACAGAAUAAGUAAAGUGGCUUUUAAAAAGAAGGCACUCAUGUCCUCUGAGUAGUGUGAUAGUUGGGGAAAAGAAGAGUGUAUGGAGCUUUUUUCUUUCUUUCUUUCUUUUAAUGCAGAUUGGUUUCUGAUUAACCCAGGAAGUUUGAAGUGCCUGUUUUGAAUAUUUACAUCCACAUAGCACCUAGGAAACUAUGCUGGAGAAGAUCGCCAGUGUUAGUUCUUGAAACGUUUGCUUUAGUGUUUUAGUUUACAGUCGAAAUGAAGAGAUGUUCACAUUGAGCAAGGUAAUUAUUUAGGAAAAAUAGAAUAACUAAUCAUUUAAGUCAUCCUAGCACCAUGAAAGUCAAUGCUGCUGCCACAUAAAAUUCAAGGGCUGGACUAUUCCUAGAGCCCAUCCAUUCUUCAGAACGUUUUUGUCAAUCCCAACCCCUCCUCCUCCCCGGCACCCUCUGCCUCAUGGAAUAGGGCUGCUCCAGGAGAAGUCAGACCGUAGAUUUCCUCGGGACCUUUUCUGUAACCUCCGAUCUUCAUCUUAGCAAGUGUUGUUUAUGCCGUUACAUUUUAAUUCCAGGUUUCAAACCUGCCACAGAGGCUGUUGCUUUCUCACAGCUUGGUAGAGACUGACUUUGUACAUGUGAUGGCAUCUAAAAAAAAUAAUAGCAUGUUCUUUUUUAUCUGAAUUUUAUAUCUAAUCAAUGUCUUCAGUCAUGAAGAAGAAUUUGCAUUGUUGUGUUUGUAUAUAGAGUAUUGCAGUGCAUGAAUUAGCUUAUGCAUUUUAUUAAAUGCUGUUUAAACGUGGCAUUAUAUUGUUGUGGCUUAAUACUACUACCUAAAUGAGGUUUAUACUAUUAAAAGUGAAUUACAAAUGGAAA